CUUUCUGAGCAAGUGCGAAUGGAAUACAAAGAAAAAUGCUGUUUGCUAGUGCUGGUAAACAAAGUAAACCACUGCCAACUGCUAAGCCCGGCCCUUUUAGAUCUUCCGACUGCUCUGGAUGGGUGCCAGCUGCUUGUUUAAAUGGGUGGGAACUCACAAUAAACCAGGUCCAGGUCCAGACCAGGAGCGGAACUACGAGCAAGUGACGAAGGCAACGGCGACGGAGCAUCUGGAGCAUCUGGAGCAGCAGCAAAAACCCAAAACUAUUUGCACUCAACGGCGGCAACAAAUGUUGCUGCGGUGUUGCCUUGUGCUACUUACGACUGCCAUUUGAUGGCGACGUGAAUGUCGAAGCCGAUGUCGGUGUUGCCCCAAAAUACAACAUCCGCGCCAGGAUACCAAGCCAAAGUAUUCCUCGCCGAGCUGAGCAAAUAUGAAGGCGCCUGGUGAUGUGUUUACAAGUU